AUGGGUAAAAAAAGAAGACGGGAAGCUGCCGCAGCGGAAGAUGCUGCUGCAGCUGUCGCUGCUGCCCCUGCAGCUGCAACAGUUCGACGAGGCACUCUGCUCCAGAGUAAGUUGCAGCGGCUAAUGCCAUCUACUACAUCUGCAGCGCUAAAGGCAGAAGCCCCGGAGAUGGUGCUGCCUGUAAGGGGGCUAGAUGGAGUAUGGACAGCGCCAGGUGACCAGCAGCAGCAGCAGCAGCAGGACGAGCCGCAGCAGGAAAAGAAAAGCUCCGGCAAGGAGAAGAAAGUGAAACGCCAGCAGGGCAAAGCGGCAGCUGAACCAAGUCUAAUUAAGGGGAAUAGCACUUCAGAAGACGUCCCUAAUGGAAAAGGCAGUGCUGCUGCCAGCACCGGCAGCAGCCGCAGCAGCAAGGGGAAAGCCGAAGAGGAGAUAAGCGAAUCUGCCUGGGCAGUGGUCCGCAGCUGCAAAACACUGCAGCAAAAGAAGCAGCAAAUGGCAGCAGCAGCAGCACGCAUCAUGGCUUCUCCGGAGCGCUCCUUUGAGGAGUUGGACAUAUUUUUCGCCUUCUGCAGCCACAGUAGAUCUGCUGCUCAGGCUGUAACAGCUGCAGUUGCAAGUGCAAGUAAACAAACUGAAGAGCAGAAGCAAUCUAGAAGGUUAAGACUUCAGGAGCUGCUGCAGACGCGGCAGCUCGCAGUGCUUUCCCUUGCUGUAGUGCUGAAGGAUAUACUGCCGCGAAACCGUCUGACGGCAGCAGCAGCUGCAGAAACAGCAGCAGCAGCAGCAGCAGACGCAGCCAAGAGUGGCAACAAGAAUUCUGCGCUAAAGGCUUUCCGGCUUUCGAAGGAUGUCGAAAAGCAGCAGCAAGUGGAGCAGCAGUUCAUCCGUACCCACCGCAGGUUCGUGCUUCUCCUGCAGCAGGAGUUGCAGCCGCUGCUGCAGCGGAAGCCAGGCUCCUGCUGCAGCAACGGUGACCUCUUAUGUGCAGCAUCAGCAGCAAGAGCAGCAGCUGAGGUCGUUUCUGUGCUUCCGCGGUUUAAUGAUUCGGACACUUCUUUGCUGCAGUUGGCUGUCAAGGCCGCAGCAGCCGCAAUAGCAGCAGCAACGGAGCUGCAGCAGCAGCAACAGCGAGGUGCCAAACUCUCGUGGCGGGAAAAGCAUCAGCAGCUGCUUCAGGAGGCAGGCCGCAACAUUACUGAAACCCUGCAGCUAGUCGUGGCAGAGGACAAGGGGCUGCAGACAGCAGCAGCAGUUAUUGAUGCUGCCGUGCAGCAAGCGACAGCAACUGCAUUGCAGCAGCAGCACCAAACCUGCAAAGAGCAGCAGGACUGGGAACAGAUAAGAUAUGCGAGGAGUGCAGCCGCUGCAGCUUUAGCCGACGUGGCUCUCAAGAUUGAACUCAGGAAAAAGCUGAGCGAUGCUGAGAGGGACCAAAUAGAUCACAAAGUAGACGUUGCUCUGCGCCGAGACCUCCAGGCGAGCUCCAUUAACGCUGACCUGAAGUCCUUGAAACAGUUCGAAGGAAAGAUUCUUCGGACUCUCUUUGUCCUCUACGCUAAGACGCUGCGUUCCCCCGAGGUCGCAGGGGCGCCGUUAGUGUUGGCAUCCUUGAGGGGUGUGUGCACACUAGGCGAUUUCGUUAGGGAUGACUUGCUCCUGGAUUUUCUACAGUUGCUGCGGGAAGCCGCAGCGUCAAACUCCGCGCGGCUUCUGCACCUUGGACCUGCGACGGCGGUGGCUUGGGUCCUGGUGCCGCUGCUGCUGGCACGAAAGUUGAGAACAUCUUUGCAGACCGAUUACUUUUGGGCCGCCGAGUCCAUAUCAGCUCUCUUGAUAAAUGCCCUCCCUCAGUUUGCUGCUGGGCAGAAGGGCACUCAAGCAGGAGCACCGCCAGAUGCUGUCCUUCUGUCUCUAGGGGGUGGUGAUGGUACAUCUUUUUUCAGCAGCAGGAGUGGUGGCUGCAACAGCAAUAACGACGUAGAUGCUGGUUUCGCCCGCAAGUUGCUGCGUGCCUUUGAGCUCUUGCAGCAGACUCCUCAGCUCUGGGGUGGUGGAGGCGCACAGCAACAGCUGCAGACACAAGCGCUCCGCGACGCAACCACAUCCCGGGGUGUAGCAGCUAUUCGCGUAGACGAGAAUUUUGGUCUAACAGCUGGCAGCAGCAGAACUAGCACAGGAAGCACGGCAUAUGCACAGGCGGUACUGCAGCUGGGAGAUGCCUUCUCGUCUUGUGCUCCCCUUUCAGACAUCUCUGUAGGCAGGCGGAUCGUUCAAAGGCUGCUGCGGCUGCUACAGCAAAUGCCACUUCUCUGCGAUGCGGUUACACCUGAAGGCGCCACCGGUGCAGGAACCUCCCUUCACUUCGUGCUGCUGUUACUUACCGCCAGCUGUGACCCGCAGACAAGCGACUCUGCGUUUGCUGCACUUGGUUUGGCGGAUGAGCAGAAGCGUCUGCUGCUGGAGAAGCUUGAGCCGCAGCAAAAGCGCAGGAGGAUGCUACUUGAAGACGCUGCAUCCGCAACAGAAGCAGCGCAAACUCACUGCGCCGGAUGUGCAUCAGCUGACUGCACCGCCACGGACCUUUGCUGCUUCUCUGCUGCAGAUGAGCAGUUCAUGUUACAGCAGGUUUUCUUGCACACACCGCAGCCACCACCAUUAAAGUUUGAGCAUGCUGCGGUUAGAGCUGCACCUAAAGAUGAAAACGCCAGCGCAGACGUGCAGCAGCAGCAGCAGCAGCAACAGCAGCAGCGGAAGCUGCUGGUGCAGUGGUCGUUGGUCUUGACACCCCUCAGGGUUUCGGGCCAAUAG